CUAUGAGAGUGUCCACACCACCUUCGUUUUGCUGUGGUCUUUCAGUUACACACAUGGUCGUACAGCAUCCCUUCUAUCUGGAUUAUACAGAUUCAUCUACCUUAUCGUGCAGGACGACCGUUGCGAUCUAACUUCAUAUUCGGGUUGACGCCACUUGCGCGCCUUUCAUUCCUUCAAGCUACCCUCUACCACUAUGGUGAAUACCAGCCUCAAAUACGUAGACCUUAUACGCCAGCGCACUUCAAAAUGGGCAAAUUGGUUCCCAGAACAACAGGACGUCAGAGUCAGUUCAGCGCAACUCUGCGAAACGUUGUCUUCAUGACGAUUGGUGUAAUUUAGGUCGGAUCGUAUGGUCGGUUCAAUGCCCAGACAGGCAAGUUCGAUGUUGAAGGGAACGUGUACGAUCCCGAGUUUCAGAAGCUGCUCGAUGCUACCGAUGGAAAGAUGAAGCUCUCCGAUCAUCCACCGGUGCUCGACGGGGAAGAGAAAGACUUUGCUGUUGGAUCCAUGGGCGUCAGGGCAAAGGAAUUCAGCCUUAAAUCAAACGUUGCUGAGGGCAUCGAUAAAGCAAAGUAUAAAGAAGACUGGCAGUUUCUGCAGGGCAAACGAGGCGCGAUGCUCGUGAUGUACAAGCCCCGUCAAGAGCAUUUCCCUAAAGGAAAAGUAUUUGAAGCGCUCUACAAGGUUCCAGAGCUCAAGGACAAGUACGUUGUCCCAUCGGUUUACAAAUGCCGUGCUUAUGCUAUCUAUCUGUCCGAGAAGACUGGAGAGAAGAUUUCGUUGGCGCUCCUCCCGAAAUCUGGCAAAGAGAACGAGACACGGCUCGACUGGUGGACUGACUCGAAGAUAGAAAACCUUCGACUCAAGACGGACGAAGACUACGUGUUCUCGCCGCUUUUCACUUGCAAGCGCAAGAUCCCUUUGAUUCGUCCCCUGAUGCGAGACUCGCCUACUCCAGAUCCUGAAGAUGCUGACUUUUGGAUGGAUGUUUACCCACCUUGGGAGCCACUUGAUGACGAUGGAGAGAUCGAUCCAGUGUAUGACGAUGAUCAAGAGGAUGACUCGGCCUACAACCCGCGAAGAGACUCUGUAUAUGUGCCAUUCCCUAUGUCAGACGACAGUGACGAUGAGUGAUGGCUGGUUGGGUUCUUUUCUUGUUAUACUAGGUUGACUGAGAUGUAUAUUUAAUUGUGUAGUGAUGUUGGAGUACAAGGCUAUAUUUAUGCAGUGAUAAACAGGUUGGUUGGUGUCGUAAUCUUGUAAAU